GCAACGAAGCUUGCUGGAACAUAAUGGGACGACAAUGGACAAGACCGAUGAGGAGCUGGCGCUGAGCACCCGCAAGUGCGAAGAGCUCUCGCAGGAGAUCUGGGACUUGGAGCGCAGAGUGCAGCAGGUCAACAGCAAACUGUUGGAGCACACGGCGGGUAUUCUGCAGAUGACGCACAAGGGUCUGAAGAAGAAUCUCAAGAACAAUGUGCCGCACACCCCCGAGAGCCUAUCCAGCCAUAACCCUCGCGACAGUAUCGACGGGUUUGAUGAUCGGAGCUUCUACAAACCCUCUGGCCAUGUGGAAGAGCACGUCACAUCUGGACAAGCAUGGCACGGGCUUGGGCUGGAGGCUGUCCAGGAUACCGAAAAGCGAUUGGAGUACCUGAGUGGGAAGGUGUAUGAUAUGCUCGCACAGUCGAAUCCCGCUGAGCAUCUCGAACCAGUCCCACAACCAUCCCCGGAGGCCAGUCCGACGGCAGCGUUGGAAGCUUAUCUGGCCUAUAUCGAGAAUAGCCUGGGACAUCUCAGUGCGCACCCUUCGGGCGGCCAGUCGCAAGCACGGUCCCUGGAUGAUGACUCGGAGCAGCCGUUGGGCGAAGUCAAUGCACGACUACACCAAAUCGUUCAGCAAUCGGGCAUGCCGGGGGUCCAGACUCUCCCUCCGCCGCCCGACUCUUCUAGUGCCAAUCACGCUGAGCAUCUUUCCUACCUUCAUGCAGGUAUCAGUGGUCUUGAGGACCGCAUUGACAAGCUCCUCGAGCAGAAGAGCAUACUCACGACACAGAUUCAACAGCAGCGUGAAUUGAACUCCAAAUCUGAUGCGGAGCGAGACGCACAUAUCGCGGACCUGAUGCAGCAACUGGCCCAUGCUCGUAAAGACCUCGAAUUCUCUGAGAACGAAGGCCAGCGGACGAGAGAAGACCUGGAAGACGCGAUGGAACAAGUGAAAGCCCUGCGCCAGGAGCUGGCGAGCCAUCAAGAACAGCAUGUUAUGGAGGACACGUCGAAGGAGUUGACCACUGAGAAAGAAGCCCGUGCGCGCGCCGAAGCCGAGGUGAAACGUUUGGAAAGUGUAAUGGAAGAUCUCAAACAGGAGAAAGAUGCCCAGGCUCAGGCUCACGAAGCACGCGCUCACGCCGAGAGUGAGGUUGCCCGUCUGGAAGCCCACAUCGGAGAGCUUCAAUCGCACCACGACACUCGCCUUGAGGAGCUUACCACUGCACGUUCAGCAACAGAGAGUGAAGUGACACGCUUGCAGGCGGCACUUGGCGAACACCAAAGCGAAGCUACCCGCUUGCAGACACUGCUCGAGCAGCAUCAGAGCGAAGCAGUGCGGUUACAAGCGGUGGUAGACUCCCACGAGAAUGAAGCUGAAGCCAAAAGCAAAGCGCUUACAGAGGCCCAUCAUGGACAGCUCCAAUCCCAAGCUGACGCUCACACGGAGGAGUUGACCGCAUUACGCGCAAAGGCAGAUGGCGAAAUUGCUCGUCUUCAAGGAAUGAUUGACGAGCUUCAGAGUACGGCGAACAGCGGAGCGGAGGCAACGGAAGCCCGUGAGCAUGCCGAGCAACAGAUCUUGGAACUACAAAAGACACUGCAGCAUACCCGCACUGAGGCAGACGCUCAAGUCAAAGAGGCCGUCGAUGCGCGAGCACAAGCUGAGAGCGAGGUUGCGCGACUGGAAGAAUCAAUGAGUCAAUUCCGCGCCAGUGUGGAAACUCAAUUGAAGGAGGCCACGGAUGCACGCACCAACGCCGAAAACGAAGUUGCCCGACUGGAGACCGUUCUGGGCCAGCUCCGCGUCGACGUCGAAGCUCUGGAGUCUCGAGUCAAGGAAGUGACCGAGGCACGCGCCGAAGCAGAGAACAACUCCUCGCGUCUGCAGGCCGAAUUGAGGGAAAUGGAAGGCGAAGUGGUGCGGGCCCAGACCGAGCUGACGAUGGCCAAGGCGGAGCUGGAUGGUGCAUACGGAUCGCGAGCCCAGCGGGCGGCCGACAUCGCAGCAAACCCUGCCAUCCAGAGGGAGUUCGAUGAGUUGAACACUCGAAACCUGGAGCUAGCUGAAGAGCUCGCCGCUCUCAAGGCCGGAAAGCCUGGCAGUAGUGAUCUGCAGCAUCGGGUGGACUUGCUGGAGCGAGAGCUCCGGGAUACUGUGGACGAUUACGAAGUGAUGACCAAGGCCAGCAUCGAAUUCGAGAAGGAGCGCGAACAGUUCGAGGGAGUCAUUGACACGCUGCGCGACCGUUGUGAGCAGCUGGAGACGCAACUCAAUGAGGAACGAAUCAACUGGAUGGGCAGCGGACGCGAUGGCCAUGAGACUACGUCCACCAUGGUACUCAAGAAUGAGUUCAAGAAGAUGAUGCGAGACACGCGGUCCGAAAACCUGAAGAUCCGCAAGGCGGAUUACGAUGAACGCCGUCGGCUGGAGACUACGAUCCGCAAUUUGAACAACCAGGUUGCCAGCUUGACCGGCAAGCCUCAGUUGGGUCAGACCGUCACAGCCUGAUGAUCACGAUCCUUCUUCAUGUCUAUCUCUCUUUGCUUUCUCGCCGAUCGCUCCCAGCGAAUCGGCUUGUUAUUAAUAUUCUUUUCUCCGUACAUAUUAAUGCCCCCUAAUCUCUGCCUGUAUAUCCCAUCUUGGUGUACUAAUCCUGGGCCCUUUCUCGGUACUUGAUCUGCCUGUGUACAUAGAUAGAGUCUAUCAGCGAGCCCUUGCA